AUGCCAGGUGACAAAGACAGUGGAGAUGAGGUAGCAGCGAGCGAUCGUCCGAUUCGCAAGAGGACUCGGACAGGAUGUGUCGCCGGCGCCGCCGCAAAUGUGAUGGAGCCCGACCUCGAUGUCGUGGCUGAUGCAGCUGCACUGUGUGCUGUGGAAGAAAGACGAGGAGCAAACUUGUCACAAUUCCAACAAUUCAUCGAUGAAACUGAAGUGACCGUUGAUGGCUACUCGACACCGGAUCGUCUCUCGGAUUGUUUCUCCUGCGAGCCCGAGGGUUCCGUGCCGAAUUUACCAUCACCCAGCAGCAUCUCGCACACUCCCUCGCGGACAGUUACGGGAGCCUUGAGUAUCGCUGAUCUUGUGGACCAUCACGAUCUUCCAACUUCUGACCUUCCAAGUAGCCUAUCAGGUGAUAACCUCGACGUUUCUUCUCUCCCUAAUACCGAGCUGUUGGAGCAAGUGUCGGAUGGUCCUUUUUUAGAGGAACAAGACCAUGCAUGCCCCUUCUUCCUAGGACAAGCAAGGUUUCAAGCCAAUAUCCAAGACACAGUCCUUCCAGUUACAGAAGCGGAGAAGCUGCAACUGAUAUCCGCGUUCUUGCGAGAAACAGGAACCUGGUGCGAAACCACUGACUCGCAGAUGCAUUUCACCGUGAAGAGCAUUCAUGAGAUGAUGAAGUCGCCGUCGUUCGUCGCAGCCGCGCUAUCACUUGCCUCUCGCCAGCUAGACUAUGUUCAGGGGCGACAGCGACCUGUGACACUAGAGCUAUACCAAUUUACCAUCCAACUCCUUCUUUGCCAGGACCCUGCACAAGCCGACACUUCUAUCUUGGCCACAUGCACUCUCUUGUGUGUUUAUGAGAUGAUGGCCUCGCGGAUCGAGGAAUGGAGACGACACUUGAAAGGCUGUGCCGGGUUUCUCCGCGCCCAAAAGUGGAAUGGCUCCAGCGAAGGCAUUGUGAAGGCAAGUUUUUGGGCUUUUGCUCGUAUUGACGUAUGGGCGGCAUUCAAUAGCGGAAAAGCCACGCUGAUCCCCACCGAAUCUUGGGUUGAUAAUAUGAGCAUUGAUUAUGUGUUGGCGAAUGGAGACUUGGAUGAGUAUUGCAAUCUUGCAAUACUCAUAUUUGCUAAAAUCGUGAACGCUCUUUCUAAUUUCCAUGUCUCUCAAGCUUCUGCAUUCAAGGCCACUGCCAGCGCUCUCUGGCAUGAACUACAAACGUGGAAAAGUCUUUCCAGAAAUGGUGUUCAUAAGAUCAGCGCCCAGUAUGGCCUCACCUCGUUAGAUCAUGAGAAUUCAGCUAACAUCCCAGACUGUGGAAAUACCUUCUUUCACUCCGGUUGCAUGCUUCUUCUCCAGACAGGUAUUCUUGUCCGGGGAGUGGAAGACGGAUACCAGCAUUCCCAUGGUGAUACUCAUAACAUCUUCUGGCACGCACGAGAGCUAGUGGGAAGUUCUAUGUCCAACCCAUCGCAUGCAAAUUGGGUUAAUCAGCUUCAACCGCUUUUUAUCGCCGGCACGGUUUUUGGCAACUCUGUAGCCACUCCCGUGAUUCGAGAUAUCAUGUCUGGGUCUAAGUCAGAUGGUCACACGGCCCGGGAAGAUUAUGAGGAUGAUAAUUAUUGUUCCGAAAAAAUCAUACUACUAAAACACUUAGCCAAGAUCGAGCGCGAGACGGGUUGGAAGACCUCGGACCGAGCCGCUGAGCUGAGAAAGCUCUGGGGAUUCGCAUGA